UCCUCUGUUCUUUUUAAAGAAAAGGAAAAUCCGAGCCAGGACAUCUCCAGCUGAUCUGGACGGAUCAGAUCUAACUGCAACAGCAGAUCUAACUACAACUCAGCCGUACAGCCCAUUUUAUCUGAGUGCUUGUGUUAGGAAAAAACAACCACAAAAUACAAGAAGAAUCCAUUUUAAGUGGAAACAAAUACUAAGUAAAAGCUCAGCUUAAAUCCAGGCUACAUACAAGUUAUGUAAAAUUUGCAAUGAGCACGAGAGCUCUGGCUGAUCACCUGUGUUUCCAGUUGACGGGUGGGAGCAGCGAAUACGAGUGCUGGUGCCUUUCCUGAUGGCUUCUGUUUGGUCUCUUUCCAGUAUGCCACAACAGGCUGCUCCCUGGCACUCCACCACACAGAAAAGCCAAAACAUGAAGCCAUGUGUGAGUACCGUCCCUACUCCUGCCCGUGCCCGGGUACCUCCUGUGACUGGGAGGGGUCCUUGGAAGCCGUCAUGUCCCACCUCAUGCAUGCCCACAAAAGCAUUACCACCCUUCAGGGAGAAGACAUCAUUUUCCUUGCCACAGACAUUAACCUGCCAGGGGCAGUGGACUGGGUGAUGAUGCAGUCGUGCUUUGGUCACCACUUCAUGCUGGUGCUGAAGAAACAGGAGAAGUGUGAAGGUCACCAGCAGUUUUUUGCCACCGUGCUGCUCAUUGGCACCCGUAAGCAGGCAGAGAACUUUCAGUACAGACUGGAGCUGCACGGCAGCUGCCACCGGCUGACCUGGGAGGCGUCUCCCUGCUCCAUCCACGACGGCGUGUCCGUGGCCAUCCGCAGCAGCAACUGCCUCGUUUUUGAUACAGCUACCGCACACCUUUUUGCUGACAACGGAAACCUCGGCAUCAACGUGACAAUCUCUAUGUGCUGCCCGUGAUGCAUUGCUAGUGAGACUCGAGCUGUCUGGGUGUAGUGCUUCAGCAGGGUUUGGUUUUGGUUCCUGUUUUUUACGCUGCUCAGCUAUGCCAUCUUGUAUGCUAAGGCUUCUGACUAGCCAACGGUUGUAACUUUGGGCAGAAGAGGAACAAGAGUGUGCUGUAAGUAACAUGAGCGGGACAAGGUCUUUUAAAAUUCUUGGGUGCCUUAGGAAGAUUAUACACACAGAGUUACCUUUUAUAAUUAUAUUUUAUGUAAAGAGUGCUUCCAUUAGAUAUGUGGCUCAAGAGGCUCCUGUUUGGAGCACAUCUAGAAGCCCUUUCAGCAGCAGUACAGACUCCUUCUGUCACAGGUGGGCUUUAAUAAAAGGCUUUAGUAUCACAAGA